UCACAUUUAGCUUUUGCUGAAUUUGAUAUUCAAUUCCUUUAUUCAUUUUUUUGUCAUGUUAUGCACUUGAUAUGCCAAACUUCACCAUAGAAAGAGGAUGUUUGUGUUGCAAAACUCUUUUAGUUCCCUUCAGAGCAGCAGCUGCACAAGCAUAAUAUUCACAGAAAUCAGAGACUUUACAGCUUCACAAAAAGAAAAUGAUUAUCAUGCGAUUAGGAGUUAUUUUCCUUUGUCAGGUAUUUUUGUGUGGAUUAGCGGAGUCGCCAUGCACACCUGGAUUUGAUUCGGUGGUUAAAGUGAACAGUGAUCAUCUUCCCAAAGAGAAAAGACCCGGAAGAGUAACCCUCAAUGAAGGAAGAUCGAGAGCAGUUUUUCAGUCAUCCGACAAGCGGUUCAGAGUUGAAGGUGCUGCUGCUCACCAUCAUGAGGAUCAUCAUAUGGAUACCACGAUGAAAUCUUUCCAUGAUGAUUUGAUCGUGAGGUUUCCAAGGUCUUCAGCAGGUCUAAAGAGAGUAAAGAGAGGUUGGGUUAUUCCACCGUUGCUAGAAUCUGAAAACAAAAAUGGUCCUUUCCCACAAUUUCUGGCUCAGAUCAAGUCUGAUUUUGCUCCUGAAGUUACUUUGACAUACAGUAUCACAGGUGAAGGAGCAGAUCAGCCACCUGUGGGUCUUUUCACAUGCGAUAGACCGUCAGGAUCUAUUUAUGUGACGCAGCCCCUCGACAGAGAGAAAAAAGCUUCAUAUAAACUCAUUGCUCAUGCUGUUGGAGGAGGAGGCGUAAGGGAGAAGUCAAUGGAAAUCAUUAUUGGUGUGAUUGACCAAAAUGAUAAUAAACCUCAGUUUAUUCAAAAUCCUUUUAAUGGAAAUGUUCCUGAAGCUGCUCCUAGAGAUUAUGAGUUUAUGACGGUCACAGCCACUGAUGCAGAUGAUCCAAAUACUGAUAAUGCUGAAGUCAGAUACAAAAUUAUCAGCCAAGAUCCACCAUCACCAAAUCCAAAUAUGUUUGACAUCAAUCCUGUAACUGGAGGGAUUUGUGUGAUCGGUUCAGGCCUGGAUAGAAAGAAAUGGUCCAAAUAUACUUUGGUUCUUGAAGCUGCAAACAUGAACGUAGAAGGUUAUACAACGACCAGCACAGCUGUUAUUACGGUCACUGACAGCAAUGAUAACACACCUCAAUUUGAGCAAGACACGUACACUGUAUCUGUCCCAGAGAAUCAAGUUGGAGUUGAAGUGGCCAAACUCACAGUUACUGAUGAUGAUGAACCUGGAUCACCUGCCUGGUCAACCAAGUAUAAGAUUAUCAGUGGUGACAAAUUAGGAGUUUUUAAUAUCAGUACUGGACCCAGUCAGCUGGAGGGAAUCAUCACCACUGUGAAGCCGCUGGACUACGAGAAGAUCAAGCAGUACACUUUGUCUGUGAUUGUUGAAAAUGAUCAUCCGUUUGUCGGCUCUUUGCCCACCUCCACCGCCACAGUCACUGUCAAUGUUGAGGAUGUGAACGAGCCUCCGGUGUUUAAUCCAAAGGAGAUGCUCAUUACUAAACAUGAAGAUGUUCCUGUUGGUAGUGACUUGGUUGCUUUUACAGCCACUGAUCCAGACACUGAAAGAUCACAGAAGUUAACGUACAGAAUCGGCAGUGAUCCCGCUGGCUUUCUCAGUGUCGUUGAAGAUACAGGAAUGAUCAAAGUCAAGGAACUUAUGGACAGAGAAUCUAAAGAAGUCAAAGAUGGCAAAUACACAGCCAUCAUUCUGGCCGUUGAUAAUGACGAAACCGCUAGAGCGACCGGCACAGGAACCCUGAUCAUUGAGCUGGAGGAUGUGAAUGAUAACGCUCCCUAUAUUAAUGAAAGAGAAAUAAAGAUCUGUAAUCAAGAGGCACCUCCAGUCCUCCUCUCCAUCACUGAUAAAUAUUUGCAUCCCAACGCUGGACCCUUUAGUGUUGAAACUCAGGGAGACACGAGGAAAUAUUGGACUGCCAGAAUGAAUAGUUCAGGAACCGGCAUUGAGCUGAUCCUUAACACUAUGCUGAUGCCUGGCGUCUACAAUGUAAUCCUGAGAGUUUUCAAUAAGCAGAAGCUGAAUCAGGACAACUCGCUUAAAGCCACCGUGUGUAACUGCAAGGGUGAAAGUGUUGUGUGCAGUGAGACGCGGGUGGCUGGGUUGUCGUUGUCUGGAGUUGUUAGAAUCAUCUGCACCAUCUUUGCUCUGCUGUCUAUUUCCUAUCUAUUGGUACUUUUUAUGAGACAACAGAUUUGUCUUGGUCAAGGCGGUGUCUAAUUUUCUUUUAACUUAUUUGUCUACUUUUUAAAACAAAUGUGUUAAAAUAACACAUCUUGUGUCUAGUUAAGGAUAACACAUCUAAUGUGUUGUCCUUAACUUAACACAUCUCUGUGUUAUUUUUGGAACAACACACUUUGUGUUUUAUAUAAUAUGUUUUAUAUAAUAAUAUAAAAUACAAAUGGGGGGGUUGCAUCUU